GGGGGGGUGCGGUGGAUGGUUCUGACGCCGAGAACGGCCGGGAGUAGCGAAGCCGUUGGCCCCGCGGAGGAGACCCUGGGAGCCGCGCGGUGAUGCGGCGGCGCUGAAACUCCGGGCGGAGGCGCCUCCCCCCCCCCCCGCCCCUACCAGAGCCGGGCCCGGGCCGUCGCCCUGCGCGCUGGGUUCACGGAUCCUGCCUCGGCCCCUCCCCCGCAUGCGGGGCCUCCCCUCCGCCUGAGGCGCCCCGGGAGGGCGAGCGAGCAAGGCCGGCAUGGCCGGCCGCCUGGAGUAGCCGCCUGGGCCGCCGCCGCUCGGCGCGAAGAGGAGCUGCGGCGGGGGAGGUGGCGGCGGGGAGGAGGAGGAGCAGCAGGCCCCGGCUCCGGCCCUGGCUGUGAGGGCGCUUCGAUGCGGGGCUAGGAGCGCAGCCGCCCCUCGGCCUGCCUGCCCUGCCCGGGCGCGGAGCCGCGCUUUCUUCUCAGCCCGGAGCCGUCGGCCUCAGCGUCUGCGAUGAACCCGGUGAAUGCUACAGCCCUGUACAUCUCCGCCAGUCGCCUGGUGCUCAACUACGGCCCCGGAGAGGACCCGCAGUGCCUGGCCGAGAUCGGCAAGCUGCUGCCCUACUUCCGGCAGUCGCUCUCUUGCUGUGUGUGCGGUGAGUGAGGCGCUUUCUAUUGUUCUGGGCCGCGGGCGAGCCGGCACCCUCCUUUUCCCUCCCUCCGUCCGUCCCUUUGGCUCGGGCUCGCCUCACUCGCUACACCCACUUGGAAAUGGGCAGGGAGCAAAGCCUCCGCCGCCUUUUCGGGUAAACCUCGCUUGGCAGCCGAGAGGCGCGCGCGCCCCGCAGGGCGACUCGCUCUUCCCGCCCGAGAGUUGGGAAAGACCCCUCUCCGCGCUCCCCCCGCCGCCCGCCCGGCCUCCUUGAAACUGACCGGGAAAUGGGCUUGCCGGCUCCUUGAGUAGUGCUGUCACUGACAGGGACACCCCGGGAAGGAGGGGGACACAGACAACAACAAGAACCCGAGUCACAUGUCCCUCCUUUGCCGCUCUGUGGACGAGAUGGGCUUCUGAAAACUUUGAUCUUUUUAUAACUCUUCCUAAUGGGGUUCCAUACUUCGCCUGUUCGCUCAAGCGGAAUAGCCUAUGUUGAUUUGUUAGGGCAAACUUUUUUUCCUAACACCUUAAAGACCAACUGUGUAUGCUUACUUGAAAGUAAGCUUUAUUAUGGUCCUGUACUCCCAAGUAGGCGUGCAUAAGAUAUCAGGCGAACACUUUUAGUGUGGCAUAAGUUUAGACGGAGGAUGAGAAUGUUUUGCAUAUGUGUAUAGUCGGUCUGUUACUCUGUGAAGUUAAAAGUUUUGGCAGUAGUGCAUUUGGGAAGCUAAAUAUGUAAAGUGUGUUUGCUUUGUGUAGCAACACAUUUGAAGUGAUAUAUAAUGUUCGCUGAGUUGGUGAACAAGGCAGUAGAGCUUGAGGGAAAAUGUUGUAUACUGGGAGGAAGGGGUAAGGUCAUCCCUGUACUGAUGGUGUUCAGUUUGUUUUGGUAGUUGGAUAACAGACGUUCGCGUGAAGAAACAUUCUAACCAGAGUAUUGAACAACCUGCAUUGUAAGGUUGAGCAUAGGAGUACAGACUUCAAAAAAUGUAAACAGUCUUAAAUUGCAUAGGGACAUUGUAACAUAUUCUGUAAUCACUCUUUAUUAAUGUACUGAUAACUUCUGGUCAUUGCAUCUUAAAAUUAGCAGAAAUAGGUUAAAUAUUUUAACUGCUACCAUUUAGAACAGAGUUUGUGAGAUUGCUUUUUGCAAGAGGGAACAAAUUUUAGACUGUGUCAGGUCUUUAGCUCUUCAUUCACAUAUUCCUUUAAAAAAAGAAUUAUCAAUUACGUUGAAGGUAUUAAUUUAAAAUAAAACAUAACUUCUGAAGUUCAUCUCCAGUGAAUAAGUGAAUGGAGCUGACUCGAGGCACCAUGGCAUCUCAGGCAGAGAAUUCAGGUAGUUCCUAGUCCUCUGCAGUGCAUAACUUGUCAUUCCCAAAACUUAGUCGACACAUCCAUUUCUUAUUGCUAUGAUCAAGCAUUCUAUUAAAGCCAUUGGUUUACAUUGAAUUAAACAAAGUUUAACAUAAGUUCUGUGUUUAAACUCUGUUGUGAAAGGGGAAUAAUAUGGGUGAUUUUCUACUAACCUGUCCUAUCAGUGCAAGGAUUUAUGCUUGUGUUGUGGCAAUCCCUGCCUCCCCCCCUUUUGCUCCAGAGGGUUGGAACACCUAGAGCAGGUUUCAGGGUUGUGUGAUGGGAGGAGAGGGGGGAAGAACAUUUUGUUGCACGAGCAGAAAUAAUUGCACUGGCAGAAUGAUUGCCAUAAUGCUAUGUUGGAUUUCACCCUAUAUGGUUAAACACCUGUCCUUUUCAUUAUGUCAAUGGAACUCUUUGUACCUGAGGCAACUGAUUCAACCUUGUGAUAGGGCUGGCAUUUGACACAACUGAUACAUUGGUGAAAAAUCUGACAAAGCUAGCACAUGGGUCAGUGAUCCUAAACCCUUUGGACUUGUGGGUAUGUGGAAUCCUGAGAGAAUUUUGUGGGCACUAGUCUCAAAAUAGCUGCUGUGGGGCAUGGAAAAAGAGAAAACAUGGAAAUUGGAUUAAAAACAGAUCCUCUUGUAUUUUCAUGAUUUUUACAUGGAACUUCCCCUAGGACACCAUCAAAUGUUGGAUGAUAUAUGUCUCCUUGGAUUGAUCUAUAUUAUUAUUAUUAUUAUUAUUAUUAUUAUUAUUAUUAAAAUCUGUAUAUAUACCUGCAGGUCUCAGAGCGGUUCACAAGAUAAAAUCACAAUGUAAGAACACAAAAUACAUAAUCAAAAUAAAAACAAAAACAAAAAAGAAUAACCCCCCCAACACAUUUUAAAAGGGCAUUGGAUGUCAAUCAGUCAAAGGCCUGGUUAAAGAGGAAUGUUUUUGCCUGGUGCCUAAAGGUCUAUAAUGAAGGUACCAGGUGAACCUCACUGGGGAGAGCAUUCCACAAACAGGGAACCACCGGAAAAAGGCCCAUUCUUGUGCUGCCACCCUCCAGACCGCUCGUGGUGGAGGCACAUGAAGAAGGGCCUACACAGAUCCAAGGCUUGUCACUGCCACCAUGGUACAAAAUGGAGAUCUUCAGAACAAAUCCAUGUCCCAUGGUAGCUCUGGCAAGCACUAGAUAGUUGGUUUUUACAGUGCAAUCAGUAGAAACCAAUAUUGGCUGUAAUUUAAUGAUGUUUCAUAGGGAUAUCUUUGGGAGAAGAAAAGGCUAAGAAGUAAACAAUACACAAAUCCAGAGUGGAGUCUCUCAUAAGACAGUUGGAUGGUGUUUUGUAUGCCUCCUUCUGGCAACUCCUGCAGCCGAGCUGGUGCCAAACUUACUGCUUGUCUUUUCUUUGGACCACACCAGUGAGGCCUAGAUGGGGGUCUUGUUGUCUGGGCAGCCCAGGACCUCCAUACACACUGCCCAGGCUUGCGCUAAUAAUGCAGUGGUUUGACGUCAUCCCUGGAGUCACACUCCAUUGUCUUUUGAGACAGACAGAUGCCAACAUAGAAUCAUAGAAUCAGUGUUGCGUGGAAUAUAGAAUCGUGGAGUUGGAAGGGACCCUGAGGAUCAUCUAGUCUAAUCCCCUGCAAUGCAGGAAUAUGCAGUAGUCUCAUAUGGGGCUUGAACCUGCAACCUUGGCCUCAUGCUCUAACCAAUUGAGCUCUCUAGUUCUCCAAAGGGCAUAUCUUGUAAAAAUCACAAUGAUUCUUGCAAUGGAGCCUUAUUUUUGUGCCACGAUGGCACAUCCACCACAGUUCACUGUUCCAUCAUUUUGUGGAUAGCUUGAGAAGGGAAGGGAGAGUGACCAAUGAGAUGGGAGGGGGAGGGGUAUGUUUAAACUUUUGGUAGAUGCCAGAGAGCAAAGAGAAAUUGAUCUGAGAGCAAGAAAAACCCUUCUAGACAUCCAGUUUGUUGUUUCUGUGGGUUCAGGUGCUCUUGCUGGCACAAACCUACUGGAAACGAAUAUACAGUGGUACCUCUGGAUGUGAAUGGGAUCCGUUCCAGAGCCCCGUUCAUAUCCUGAAGUGAAUGCAACCCGUGUCUGUGCGUGCGCGGGUUGCGAUUCACCGCUUCUGCGCAUGCUCGUGUCGUCAUUUUGAGCGUCUGAGCGAGCGGUGAAACCCGGAAGUAACGUGUUCCGUUACUUCUGGGUCACUGUGGAGCGCAACCCGAAAACGCUCAACCUGAAGCGACUUCAACCCGAGGUAUGACUGUAAAAGCACAAGACUCAGACCAAUGUAGGUUAGCAAUAACCCUGACUGGAAUCACUGGCGAAGGAAGGCGGGUGCGGGGUGUGUGGUACGCACCGGGUGUCAGCUGUGAGGGUGGGUGACAUCGCCAUGCCAUCCCCCCAUGCUCGCUGCGUGGGCAGCUAGCAGCGCCACCCCCACUAUCCUGGCGGGCGGUUAGCAGUGCCCCUCCCAAACUCUCUGUGCGGGGCGGCUAGGUGGCUAGCCCUGUCUCCAUGGGCCGGCUAGCUCUGUCCCCGCGCCACUCCCUGUGCUAGGGCAGGUAGCUCCACCCCUGACUGGAAUGUUGUUGUUGUUUAGUCGUUAAUACAUGGUGUAUUUUGAUUUAUUGAGAUUCUGUUACUCCAUUGCUUGAUGCAGAAACAGCUGGCUUGAAUUUGAUUUUAGAAAAUUACUUUUUCCAUUGUACACCAAAUGCUCUGUGGUCUUUUCUGAAAGUAAAUAUUAUUCCCUAUCUACUGUAGGAUUGCUAAACUUUAAAUGCUUCAAAUUUGGAAUCAGUAUGAACAUUCUGUUUGAUGUUGCUGACAGGAUCAAGUUUACCUGGAUCGUGCUUUUCACUGUUGGUCGAAAUCCUAUGUGGUCUCCUUUUAUUGUGGUUGCUUUAAAAGGGCAGUUUUAACUGCUAUAUACUUGCAGUAAUGCUCACUAUGUUAAACAUAGCUUCCAUGUUUUUAUGCCAUGUUAUUCCUUCUAGUCCAUGCCAGUGGCAAAGGGUCAGGAUUGAGGACCUGAUAGAUGGGACCGAGGGACCACAUUUGGCCCAUAGACUGGAGGGUCCUGACCUUACCUUUGCUAUUGGACAUAGGAAUAACAAUUUGAGGUGUUUUGAUUCUCCUAGAAUCAUAGAGUUGUAGAGUUGGAAGGGACCCCAAGUGAGUGGCCACUGGGACUGGGCCUGCUGCCAAUAAGAAAGUUCCCAGGUAUCUCCUUUUUCAAGUCUGUUAACACAUUUUCCCUUUUGUUCCAGAUGGUUUCAAAGUAAUUAAGUUGGAAACACUAGUAAGGAAAGGUAUUUGUGUUGGAGCUGGACAUUCUGGUAGUAAAUAGAAGUACAUUGAUUUUUAUUAAUGAAAUUAAAUUAGACAUAAUUCUUAGAACUGGAAGAACUGAUAAUUUGUAUGAUAGCGUAGCCAUAAUUGCUUAAUAAUAAUAUUAUAUUUAAACCUCACCCAUUUUACUGGGUUGCCUCAGCCACUGGGGGUGGCUUCUAACACAUAAAAAACAUAAUAAAACAUCAAACCUUAAAAACCUCCCAAUACAGGGCUGCUUUUGGGUGUCUUCUAAAAUUUGCAUAGUUAUUUAUCUCCUUGACAUCUGAUGGGACGGUGUUCCAAAGGGAGGGCACCACUACUGAGAAGACCCUCUGCUUGGGACUGAUUGGUAAAAAAAUGUGUUGAAUACCAGCUCUUCCCUAGUUUACAAUGACUGUUCAUACACAAACAAUAUUUUUAUGAUAGUUAACCUGGUACUGAACAAAGUCCAAGAUGAAAUAAUGACUCUUCUGCAAAUCAUCACCUCAAACACGGGUUCAGGAAGUGCUAAUCCAUAGGUCUCUGCCUAGGAUGCAUGGUAUGUCAUGGAGAUUUGGAUGCAGUUUAAAUUGUAAGGUGAAUGGAAUUGAUGGCAUGUUAGAACCAAAUUUCAAAGGCUAUUAUUGUUACAGAAACACACAUUGAUUAAGCAGGAUAUAAAUUUUAAUAAAACAGAAUCAAAGAAUGUGCUCUCUGUGAAAUGAACAGUUUUGUUUGUCAUUUGGUACAACUGUAUGUCUUCCUGUAGGGGAGAGAACUUAUUUGUUUAGCACUCAAAGGGCAAUAUUUUAUAUUUGGAAUUAUGAGGCUGUAUACAGUGUUGCACAACAGAGGAAUCCAAUGCAACAAUGGAAACCCUGCUGCAGAAACAAACCACAAGGCUUAGAUUAACAUUACAUGUGAACAAGAAUUCAUGGUUUGUGUCUCUCCAAAUAAGCCGCAACUAAAAGCUAAGGUUUGUUCUUAGCUUACCCUUCACAAUAAGCCAUGAUUUAACUGUUUAUUGUGACAUGUGAACAGGACCAGUGUGUCAGUUGCCUGAUUUGCAGCAUAUGAACAUAGCUUUGUUUCUAAGUGAAUACAUGGUUAAUCUGUGAUGUCUUUAAAAAAACUGGUGGUGUACUUAUUUUGUUCUUAAGAGUUUGGUUCAAUUAGUGACUGGGAAAAAACUUUUACACAGAAUGGAAGAUUAGAGACAAUUGCCUAAAAUAUAUUCUAGGAUUUAGAGUAAUAUGGUCUAUGUGGAGCUGCACCAUAACACUUAAUCUACUGCAUAUUAUAUGUGCAAGGGCAGAGUGAUGUAGGCACAUGUUGGGCAUCUUGAUCCCCAGAUCUCAUGCACCUCAUAUACUGCUGGUUCUGUGUUGUGGUUGCUAAAUGAACUGGUUGGAAUCCUGUGCUGCAAUGUGUGAGAGGAGGGCAGUGUCAGAUUUGUGUCAAGGGCUGUUCAUUGAAUGUAGUAGAUAUGACACCUCCCCCCCCCCCGUGAGUGGAAAUGUGACCUCAGACGGUGGGGAGGAUCCUAAUUAACCUAGUGACUGCUAUUCCCUUGCUUAUUAACCUUUCAGUGUCAUAGUUGCAACAGUGACAAUUUUGUGGUGAUGUAGCAUCAAUUGUUACAUUGUUACAAUACAUGGCUACACAAACAUGGCAGUUCAAUUAUGCUGCAAAACCCAUUGUGUUAGUUGCAGCAGGGCUAUAACUUCAUAAUGUCACAUUAUCCUGCACAAGGAGGUUUACUGGUGGGUCUGUUUCAAUCAAAUCGGGCAAAUGGAGGAAAGCUUAGUGCUCUAGAGAACUUUUAAAGUGGGGUUUGAGGAAGUUGAUGUUCUCACAUUGGUAUCAGUUUUUAACAAAGCCUGAAAUCUGUAAAACUUCAAGCUAAAAGAAAACAAUACUGCAUGAGCAAUUAGGGGGAUUGCAUGCAUAAUAGGUAGCUUUCCUUUUGUUUCAUGUGAUGUAAGAUAUGGUGCGAUAUUUUCCAUCAAUAUUGUAUUUGUUUAAAAAAUACAAGCUCCUGUAGUUUUAGAGGAAAAUCCAUCUUUUAUUGCAUGGUUGGUCAGUGUCUGCUGAAGGCUUCAAAACAAAAUAGUCCCUUGGGCAGCAAUUGAGAGAGGGAUUUCUGUACUGCCAGAGUAGGCAGAAGGUAAAUCCAGAUCUACUGUAAAAUAUUUGGAUGACACAGUAGAUUGGUAAGGAUUUCUGACUCCGUCAUUUAACAAUGGCAACAGCAAAAUGACCCCCAAAAUUAUACUGCUGAAAUGAAGAAAAAACGAGUGGUGGGGUAAUUAGAAUCAAUUAUUGCAUAGCAUUGUGAGCUGAAUUCAGUUUUGGUACUCAAAACAAACUUGAACUCAGAAUAUUUUCGUUCUAAGUAUAUAUCUUUUGCAAAUGGAUCCAAUUGGUGGCUCUUAGGAUUCUAGUAAAAAAUCAAAGUUGAUAAGGCAAGUCUGAAGGGUGCCUACCUUUACUCCUAGAUCUUCACUUUCCCUGUCUGCUAGGCUUGCGGCUCUCACAUUUUUUCCAGUCUCAACUUUAUAAAAUGCUCUUAUUCAGGACUCAAAUUUUAUAACCAGAAUAAGGAUCAUUUUUACAACCAGAAUUAGAAUCUGCAUAGAAAACUAUAUAAUAUAUUUUUAGGAGAUGCUUGAUACUAAAUGUGAUUGUCCUGCACUGAAUCUUACUACCGAUUUUAAGACUGCUUUUCCUUAACAGUUGCCAGCUCCAUUUCUCUCACUUCCUCACUUUCCAUUAGUUCCCCUCCUGCUACCCUUUUUAGGAAUUCUCUCGCAAGUCAGCUCCUCAGUACGUAUAAGUGCUCAGAUCAUAGUGAUGGCAGUCUCAAAUCCCUUUCUCCUCUUUGUGUGGAAUGCUGCUAUGCUCACAGCUUCCUCUGAGAAAGGCCCUGAGAAAUGUAUGUUUUGGGCCAGAAAGAGUCUGGUGUCCUCACUUGAUUUAUAUGCUUUCAGCUUUUUAUUAAAGUUCCAACUUAACUUUGAUACAGUGUACAAUUUAGCACAUCAUUGUACAGUGAACAAUUUAGCACAUCAUUCCUUCAAUCUGCUUUUAGGUCAGUGAUGGGGAACCUUCAACCUGGUAGCCAGAUUAGACCUAGCAGGGGUGCUAUUGGCUUGUGAGGCCAUUUCCUGAAAACCACUGCCUAACUGACAGCAGGUAUGGGGAAAGUAAAGACAAGGGGACAAUCAGGAGUCUUAAAGUACACUGAGGGAGACUGCAGCUAUAAGCAGUAAUUGGCAGGGGCAGCAACUUUGCAGAAAUCAACUGAAAGAAAAAGUUUCUAAUUGAACAUCCCAAUGUAGCCAGUCCAUGCUUACAAAGGGAUCUUCCUUUGCAACCUGGCUUGAGUUCAAGCCGGACUUCAAAGGCAGAAAAUAAAGAACUGGGAGCACAGUUAGUGUGCACUCAUGUUUCUUUCCUUUGAAGCUGGCUAAUUGAUGUUGUGACAUAGAAUCAUAGAAUUGUAGAGUUGGAAGGGACCCUGAAGGUCAUCUAGUGCAGUCAUACAUAACUAAAUCAUACCUGGCAGAUGAUCAGCCAACCUCUGCUUUAAAAACUCCAAGGAAGGGGCAUCCGUAUGUUGGAUAUUCUGUGUGUGUGUGUGUGUGUGUGUGAGAGAGAGAGAGAGAGAGAGAGAGAGAAUCAUUUGUUCCAGAAACAGAUAAGUCGUUUCAAGAAGCAGCAGAAGGCUGAGUUUGUUUUGAUGCAAGGGUAUUUUUUGUGGGAAUUGUUCUUUGGACUUGCGCAGUAUGACAGCAAGUACUGAUAACUAUGGUUCUGUGUAACUUGUAACUUGCUGUGAGUCUCUUGCUUGUGUCUUGUGGUGAGAGAAACACAGAGAGUGAGUCUUGGAUUCUUGUUGGACUCUAAGCAUGCCUUGACCACAGCAGUGGUGAAUGUCUAUAUAUAUUUGCUACCAAUAUGCUUUUAUGCCUAUCAAGUAAACUUCUACACUUGACUGAAUCUUUAUGGCGUCCAUGAGUGUUUAUUGCCUACUGUGUGUACCUUCAACCCCGAAGACACUUCUAAGGAAGGAGCUGCAUUGAGAUGUAACUCUGCUGAGUAUAAAUACAGGCACACACACGCAGCAAAAGUGAUGCUGGACCCUAUCCUUCUAAAUCAUCCAUCAGAGGUUGAUGGAUUGAUCCAACACUAUAUCCACCUCUUGUGGGCAUUUGCUCCAUCCUUCAUGUGACAGCACUUUAGUUAUUUGAAGAUGGCUAUCAUAUCCCCUCUCAACCUCCUCUUUUCCAGGCUAAAUGUACCCAACUCCCUCAUCUGUUCCUCACAAGGCUUGUUCAUCUUGGUCACCCUCCUCUGCACAUGUUCCUAAACCGUAUUAUCUUGGUGGGAUGCAUGAUGGGACAGCACCCACUGUAAGCACCCACUGGGGAACUACAAUACGGCAUAGCUCCCUAGUUUGUCCUCAAUAACUGUUGGGAUCUUGAGUCAGCUGUAAUGUCUGACCAUAGAGCGUGUUUGGUAGACCACCAUGUAGACCAGGGUGGUCUAUCCCAUGGCCUGAGGGCCUCAUGUGACCCUCAAAGCCUUUUAUUGGCAGUCCUCAACAACAUUUGACAACCCCACCCCCAGAAAAGACUCCCCACUGCCUUUCCAAAGCUAGGUAAAGAGGCACUGGGCUUUGGGAAGGUGUGAGGACUCUGACAGGGUCCUAGAGUACACCUGCCUCCUUCCCAAAGCUUAGUUUUCACUUUCCGAGCUUUGGGAAGGAGGUAUGGGGUUCUAGGACCCUGCCACAGAGCCUUGAGUCUCCUUCCCAAAGCCUUGCUUAGCUGGCUAAGGGAAGGCAGCAUGAGGGCCUAGGGUGUCUGUGUGUGUGUACAUUUUUUGCCUCUCCCACCCCCGUGCACAGCCUGCAGGUUCUGUGUCAAAGUACGCUUGCAACUGACUUGGUAUGAAAAAUUGGACUACCCUGAUGUAGACACUCUACCACAUGCACUCUGGUUGGCAGCAGAAAAAUAGUGCUGGAUCAAAUAAAGGCAAUGGGCAGUUAAAAUCAGUGGAUAGUUGGUUGGGGUAAUAAUUGGCAACAUCACAGCAUAUUUGAAGGUUAUAUUGGCAGCGGAGCAGCAAAUUUGGUUAAGUAACAGCAGAAGAAGAUUCAUGAUGAUAACCUGUGGUCCACAGGUUGCCCUUAAGUGUGUUAAGUUGAGAGUUGAUUUGCCUUCAUUAAAAUUUCAACUCUCAAUUAGCAGGGUUUUGUUGUUUAUAAUUCAGUGAGCCAUUAAUAGUAGUAUUGCCUAAGAUUGCUUCCAGCUCAUUUAUGCUCUUAGAAAAGUUAGGUAUAGAGCUUAUCUGUAUCUUUGUUCACAAAAUCUCUACUACUUUUGUGGUGGUUAUACUUUUAUAAAUGUAGUAAACUGGGAUGGAGAUUGGGCUCAGGCAUUGCAAGCUGCUAAUAAGCCGGCUUUCUUUAAAAAUUAUAUUGCUCAACUUACUGUUGGCAUUUAGUAAAUGUACUGUUUUCCCUUAAAUUAAUAACAUAGUGGAUGAUCGUCUGUUCCUAUGUGCAGAAAUGCACAUGUUCAAGCUGUGUGUGCACAGGAGGGAGGAUGCAGCAGGAGACUGAAUUGUCCCUAAUUGAUUUUUGUGCGUAUACUUGCAAUUUUUCUUAGCCUGCUGCUUCUUUUAUUUCAAGCUCUUCUCAUUUUAAUAACUUGCAGUUUCAUUUAUUGUUUAUUUUUCUUCCUUUCUUUAAUACAGAAUAGGUAACUGCCUCUGCUGUAUUUUCUGAGGAAGGGUUUCAGGUCCUUUGACUUGCACCGUCAAGUUCUGUAUAUCUAUCUGUGUUUGUGUGUGAACACACACUAUAUGAUACACACAGACCAUUUUCAAGCAUCUUUUAUCAUUUUGCUCCGAUGACUGCUAUUUCUUAUUGUUUGUUUAACAUUAAUUGCCUAGCUACACAUUAUACUUGUCACGUGAGCUCUUUUUGUAGAGUAUUCUGAAGGAUUCCCUGCCAAGAGGCAGAGAGCAACAUUAGAGGGGAUGGUAAUUUCUUUUUGAAGGUAGAUACUACUGGCUCUUUCUGUCUCUCUCCUCUCCUCUGCCUUUUUGCUCUCUUCUUAGCUGCUUGCUACAUAUCCCUAUGAUAUGGUUAGAAGAGGGACGAACUGUGGAACUUAGCCACUAAGUGGAGAAAGAGCAACAAUUCAUCCUUCAUUGUUUGUGUGAUUUCUGCCCCUUCCAACUUUCUGUCCCCUUGUUGUGAACCCGUUGGAACUCUCGUCAGCUAGAGCAGCCUUGCAUGGUGGGACUGCACUCAUGGGGUAAGCGUAGCGCAUAGCAAAGCUUCAUGUGAAGAAUUUGUGAGAAUGUUUCAGCUUUAUAUCACAACUAUAGCUAAAGUAUUAAAUAGCAGGUGCAGGAAUCUUUUGGUUGACAUGUUGAAAGUAUUGAAAAGCUGAUACACCUGAUAGCUUUUCAGAUGCAUGCAGUAAUCUCUUUCUUACUGUCUCCUGAUUUUUGAGCUGCUAGGUAGUGAGUGAGUGAGUGAAGGAAGAUGUGGAAGUGAUGAUGGACAGACCUUGUAUUCUUUGUGUUAUUUUUAUAAUUUAUGUUUGAAAAAAGUGAUUUAAAAAACAUAUGUAAACCACCCCACUAAUUUGCCACCGUUUGAACAUUAAGGAAUACAUGGUUUUUUUCACCUAAUUGUUAAUCUCUGUUGACAAAAUGAAUGUGGGAAGUAGCCCUCUAUUCUUCUUUUCUUACUUGUGACUCAAUGUUGUGUUUUUCCUUUCCCAUUUGAAAAUAGGAUUGGUGAAAGUCAGUGAAAUUCUUAAUUCAAAAAACUUUCAGUUCUCUAGCAGGGGCAGUACAUUUCUGCUGCCAAGGUAUAAGUAUAUUAAAAGAGUUGUGCCACCUUGCUGAAUUUACUUAAUUUUUGCCAAAGAAUUUACUGUGACUUUCCCAAAAAAAGUGCAGGGCAUUUUUCAAGGGCUUAUACCACUCUAGUAAGCACUAGUUUGGUGCAACUACCAGAGAACACAUGGGAGGAGCGGGAUUUGAUCAGUCAUUUGCUGAUGGUUGCAAGAAUUCUGUAAUAUGAGGAAAUAUUUGUCAAUGAUUGCAGAAGUAUAGAAUCUUCUGGGCUUUGCUUUAAUUGUAACAAAGCCAAGUGAAUAUGGUGGAGCACUGAGAGUGAGAAUAUUUGUUUGGUGACAGAUCUGAGUUUUUAAAAUACUUUUUUUUUUCAAUUUUAGGAGAUCUGCUGCAAGAUCCAAUUGCACCCACCAAUUCCACAUGCCAGCAUUAUGUAUGCAAAACCUGUAAGGGCCAGAAGAUGAUGAUGAAACCAUCGUGUAGUUGGUGCAAGGACUAUGAGCAGUUUGAAGAAAAUAAACAGUUAAGCAUUCUAGUGAAUUGCUAUAAAAAACUAUGUGAGUACAUUACACAAACACCACUAGCACGGGAUAUUAAAAAAGCUGCUGAGACUUCUCCAGAUCUAUUGACUUUGCUUAAAGAUGGCGCUGCACUCCAUGAAGAUACAGAAGAAGCAUCUGAUGAAGCCGUUGCAUUGUGUAUCACACAUUCCCCAUCACCUUCAACCUCAGAGCAUGUUAAUGAGCCUCCAGCAUGCCGUUCUUCUGUUCCUGAAAGCACACAUGAGUCUGAUGUGAAAGGCUCCACUAUUAAUGGGUUGCCCAAUUGCAAUGGGCUGUCAGUAGAUAAAAUUGGAGCAAAUAUUCCUUCUCCUGAACAAGCAAAUACAGUUGAUGUAUGUAGCCCUGCACCGUGCAUAGAAACUGACGAUAAUUCUAGCAAUCUUCAGCCUGGCCAGUGCUUAAAAAGUGACGAUAUUUCUAGCAAUCUUCAGCCUGGACAGUAUGUAAAAACUGAAGCUAUUUCCAGCAGUCUUCAGCCUAUCUGUGAUGCUGUUUCUCCUAGUAACUUGUGUGUGGCAAGCAGUGAUACCUGCAGUUUCAGCAAAGACACCACCAAACCUGGUGAUUCUCUUCUACUUAGUGUUGAGGAAGUGCUACGGAGCUUGGACUCCAACACAGAGGUCUGUGGUCCUAAUCUUCAACAUAGCUUGGAAACCAAUAUAUCCAACGGCCCUUUUUUGCAGCUUUGCCCUCCACCUCCUAGCCAUAGCAUGUUCAUGUCAAUGGGUGCUUCACCUUAUGGGAUUUCAUGUACAGCUGUGACACCGAAGGCGGUAAAAUUAAAUAGAAAGCGAUCGCGUUCCGAAAGUGACAGUGAAAAGGUUCAGCCUCUUCCCAUUUCCAGCAUCCUUCGUGGCCCAACGUUGGGAGCCUCAGCCCCGGUAACAGUGAAGCAGGAUACAAAGAUGUCUUUGCAGCCUGUAGCAGCUGUACCAAAUGGAGGCACCGCUCCUAAAAUAGGCAAAACUGUACUCUUAGCAAAUAAAGGCAUGAAAAAGACUCUAGACCACACCGCCAAGAAACCCCACCCGAAAUCCAAAACAGGAAUGCUGAAAAAAUCAAGAGCUGGCAGUCAUGUGCCAGGUGGUCUAACAAAAACGGUGUACAAAAAGCCACAGGAAAAGAAGGGGUGCAAAUGUGGUCGAGCCACCCAAAAUCCAAGUGUUCUUACAUGUCGUGGCCAACGCUGUCCUUGUUACUCAAACCGUAAAGCUUGCUUAGACUGCAUAUGCCGUGGCUGCCAAAAUUCAUAUAUGGCUAAUGGGGAGAAGAAACUGGAGGCAUUUGCAGUGCCAGAAAAGGCCUUGGAGCAGACUAGACUUACCUUGGGCAUUAAUGUGACAAGCAUUGCCGUGCGCAAUGCCAGCACAAGUACCAGUGUAAUUAAUAUGACAGGGUCACCAGUAGCAACGUUUUUAGCUGCCAGUACAAACGAUGAUAAGAACUUGGACGAAGCUAUAGACAUGAGAUAUGACUGCUGAGUCAAUUUUUUUCUUUUUGAUCUUUCUCUCCUGCCUUUGGUAGGGGGACUGCUAUAAUUUUGAGGGCAGCUAUGGUUCUGUUUAACUUGCCGGAGCUCCUGCAUUUAGAUCACUUGUAUCAAGUGUUUUUCAUUGCUAUGUUGUGUGUUAGUGUCUGGGAAAUAGUUUGACGGUAAUUGCGGAGUUACCCUGAAACUGUCUUUAGUUCUUACAGCACCUCAUAGUUUCAGAUCAAAUGCUAAUGUAAAUGAUUUAUAAUACACAAUUACUUUUGGGCAAAUAUUGACCUUGUACCAGUUCAUGCUUUGUGCUUAAUCAGAGAUUGAUUGAAUAUACAGCAAUGGUUUCUAGUCAGUCCAUCACACUUGUGGUAAUUUAUUAUGUACCCAUGGUUAGAGUCAGUGUCGCAGGAAAUCAGCGUCAAGCUCAUGCUGCAGUUGUAGUAAAAAUGUCACAGCCAGUCUUCUCAUACCACGUUAUUGUGGAUAGGGAGAUUAGUAAUUGAGCACUUUAAACUUGUUCAAAAAUUAAAGUCAUUUUAAUUUUCCAUCUAGUGUAUGUUGUCCUGAAGCAAAGAAAACUAUGAAACUGGGCCCUCCUGUCAGAUUUGAACACUCAAGAUUCUCAAAUAUAUGUUUCUUUUUCUCUAGAGUAAUAUUUCAGAAAUAGUAAUAGAAGUUCCAUUGUCAUGAAGCAGCCUUUGAAGACAUUAUUAUUAUUAUUAUUUUAUUAUUUUUGGAAGAAUUUGCAGAUUGAUGUCACUAGUCUUUUGCAUUAUGUGUCAUACUGUAAACGCUAAUCUUCAAGAUAUUAUUGUGGAGUUCAUUAUGAAAUAGGUAAUGUAUAUUUUGCAAUGUGCUAGUUAGCUACAAAAUAAAAGCAAUUUAAUUCUCAUGCCAAAAUUACUGAGACAUCAUUGUAUAUGUUAGUUUCUAGCUGUUGGCAAGAGCAUACCUCCUCCCGCUUCACACAAACAUGCUUGGAAUAAUAGCAGCAUGAUGACACUGUGAGGGCAUUGACUUUCUGCUGAGGUCCUCCCAUGCAGCUACUACUUCAAGAGCCUAGUGCCUGUUUCCCCCAGCCUUGCUUGCAUAAAUCUGCUCCUAUCUGGGUGGAGUCCUGGAUGGGAUUAGACACCAGCUGGAUGCACCAAGAAGAGACACAGCAGGGCAUUGGUUGAAAGUGACUAACAUGCUGCUGUGUACCCAAGUUUGGAACAGCAGGGAUGUGCCAAGCAUGGAAUUGGUGUGGUGGAUGUUGCAAGUUAAUCUUGGAGCCCAUCGGAGCUGUUCUACCUUCUGCUCCACAUACAAGCUUUUGUCUUUAGCUUAUUUCCAAUUAUACCAUGAAAGAAACAGCAAACCGUAAAGCUGAAAAUAUACCACUUUGUAUCAAUCCUCCUAUUGUUGAGAUGUGUGCCUAGAACACGGUUAGCCAGUGUGGUAGCAUCCCGAUGUUAGAUUGCAACUCCCAUCAUUCCUGACCAUUGACCACGCUGGCUGGGGCUGAUGGGAGUUGUGAUGUACAUCACCUGAAGGUCACCAUGUUGGCUGCCUCUGGUCUAGCAUGUAAGUUCUUCAAUUUGCGUAUCUAUGGGCUGACUAGAAUGGGAAAGAUUACCCUGCUAUUUUAAGGACAAUAGUUCAAUAACCUGUUUGAAGAGAAGUGAUGCCAGAAUUUCUAAAACUCCUUUACAUUUGCCAUCUAGUUGUUCAUUAAGUGACAUUGCCAGAGAAUUAUGACAUUAGACACUUUGGAUUUGGCACAAAGCAUGUACAAUGAUGGUUACUAGGUCUGAAAAGUAAGCAAAAGGUUUUGGACACCAAUUGGAUGAUGCCUCCUUUUUGUUCUGUAGUGUACCAUGGUGUCAUUUUAUGUGAAUGUGGUCAAAUAGCGUUUUUGUUGGCUUUUUGGUUUGUUUCCCCCCUGUCUUUUCUGUGGGUAGGGCAGGGUGUGUGUGUUUGGGGGGGGGGGUUAAAGCCAUAGAAAGAAGGAUGUGAUGUACGUGUUCCGUAUGUACUUUUUUUGUUUCUGUUUUGCAAGAAGAGUUGAAAAAUAUUUUUGAUAAUGAGAGUAAAUGGUGGAAAAUGCUCUUUAGUAUUCUCGUCUCUUUUUUUUGCCAGCCCAAACUCCUGAAUUCUGUGUUUAAUUUUGAGGUUUACUAUGUCCUAUUAAAACAUAAUUAGUUAAAUAUUUGUGAUUUUUGUGUGGACCAAAUGGGAUCUGCCGUUAUCUUCUUCAGUGUUCUAACCUUUACUUAUUAGUGUAAAUCCAAUUAUUAUUUCAGUGUCUGUAAGAAGACUAAUCAAACAAACCAAAAGCCUGGAGUGCUAUUCCCACUGCCUGGGUAUUUUCUGCAAAUGUCUGUAGAACUGUUUUUUUUCAAGACUGCUACUAGUAUAGUUCUGGAGCUCCAAUAUGUCAUGAGUAUGCCUUGGUCCCCAAAUGUGGGAAUGAUUUCAAUCUAUCUCACAGCUAUAUUAAACAGUAUUCCAGUAGCUGGUGAUUAAAAUCAACUGUUCUUUGGAACUGCUUAUUGGAGAUUCCAGAUCUUUAAUGUAUUGCUGGUGGUAAAUUCAGGUUUGUUUUAAAAACUAAUUUUCUUCUACACUGCCAACAUUCUUAAACUGUGUAUUAAAAAUUGAGCUGAUUAAUAAAUGCCAUUUUUUAAUUUUUAUUUUGUUAAACUACCCAGGGAAACAAUUUGAUACCAUUUAAUACUCUGAAUACUUGGUUUCUAAAGGAGACUUUUUGUUUCAUUUCAUUAAAAGUUGUUUUGUUAAUUUCCUGCAGCUUCAAAAAUUUAAUAAAGCAAUGGGGAUAACUCAUGUUGGU